UCGUAGCACUUUUAAAGUUCAACGUUCAAACAUUACAGUGAAAUAGGGUACUCGCUGGCUGACUGCUUGUGUUAAGAGGGAAAAUAAACUACUUGGCGAGGGACAGAAUACGCCAAACGGUCACUACCGCAUUGAAAACCGGCAGAGGGAAUGGAAAAUGGCCCUCAGCUAAUUGGUGCAUGCUCCUGCUCUGUUGUCGGUGGAUUUACAGAACGACGGCUAGCUGUGUGCUAACGUUAGCACGCUAGCUUGCCAGGAACACAUAGCAACUGCUGUUAGCUAACGUCACUGGACUGGUACUCUUUAUUCUUAAUACUGCUGCUAUGUUCGUCCAGGAGGAGAAGAUAUUCGCCGGCAAAGUGUUGAAAAUACACAUCUGUACCAUGGACGGCACGGAGUGGUUGGAGGAGGUCACGGAAGACACCACAGUUGAGAAACUGAAGGAGAGGUGCUUAAAACAUUAUGUACAUGGAAGUCUAGAAGACCCCAAAACACUUACCCACCAUAAACUUAUACAUGCUGCUACAGAAAGAGUGCUCACAGACACUAAAACUGUUGCUGAUGAAAAUCUCAAAGAUAAAGAUGUUCUGUUGCUUAUAAAGAAAAGGCCACCACCAACCCCACCAAAGAUGGCAGAUGUUAGUUCAGAUGAAAAGAAGAAACAAGAUAACAAAGCUCCAGACAAAGAUGCUAUCCUGAAAGCCACUGCCAACCUGUCCACACGCCACACUGACCGUACUGUUACCCAACACAACAUCAGAGAUUUUCAGACAGAGCUUAGAAAAAUCCUGGUCUCUCUCAUCGAAGUUGCCCAGAAGCUUCUUGCCUUGAACCCUGAUGCAGUUGAACUUUUCAGGAAGGCCAAUGCAAUGCUGGAUGAAGAUGAAGAUGAUCGGGUGGAUGAAACAGCCCUUCAGCAGCUCACUGAGAUGGGGUUCCCUGAGAGCAGAGCCACCAAAGCUCUUAGAUUGAACCAUAUGUCUGUGACCCAGGCAAUGGAGUGGCUGAUCGAGCGUGUAGACGAUCCCACUGUAGACACACCACUACCAGGCCAGGACUCUUCUGGAGCAGCAGGAGCCACAGCAGCUGCCACACCAGGCCCCUCUGCCUCAGCCUCCGGUCCUACUCUUCUCCGCAGCCUCUCCAGCCAGUCGAGCACAGAAGAGAGCAGCAGGCAGGAUGAGCUUACAGAGAUCUUCAAAAGGAUCCGUAGGAAACGGGAGUUCAGACCGGACUCAAGAGCUGUCAUUGCAUUGAUGGAAAUGGGCUUUGAUGAAAAGGAGGUGAUUGAUGCUUUGAGAGUCAACAACAACCAACAGGAUGCUGCGUGUGAGUGGCUGCUGGGAGACAGGAAACCUUCUCCAGAAGAUCUGGAUAAAGGCAUUGACAUCAACAGCCCACUGUUCCAAGCCAUCCUGGAAAAUCCAGUAGUCCAGCUGGGUCUAACCAAUCCCAAGACUCUGCUAGCAUUUGAAGAUAUGUUGGAGAAUCCUCUGAACAGCACCCAGUGGAUGAACGACCCUGAGACUGGCCCUGUCAUGCUCCAAAUAUCCAGAAUCUUCCAGACCCUCAAUCGCACAUAGAGCUUCCUGGUGACCCCCCCUCCCGUGUGACUGCGGCAGCUUGUGUGUGACCAUAUUGGUGCGUGUGUGUAUCUGUGUAUGGCAGAGACACGAGUAUUGUUUUUGCCUUGUAAAGACAAAGCUGGAGGAGUCAGAGUGUGGAUUAAGAUGUUACACAUGUAACUAUUUAUAACAGUACAGUAAAAUACUUAUUCAAAACAAUGUUAAGCAUUAUUGUUACAGUAAUAAUAAAAAUUGAGAUUUAGUAUGUUUUUACAUUUUAAUGAGAACAAUUUAUAGUUAUGACAGACAUGAUUUAUUUUAUAUAAUUUCUCCAUGUGCAAAGGUGACAUCAGACAUCAAUUUAAAUGUUUACACUUAAAAUAACUUUUUCUAUGUUUUACAAUAUUUAAAUAUCAAUUUCAGUUUUCUCUCUUUAAAUUGAAGACUUCUGUCGAUAUCAUGUUUUCUUUUCCUUCUAUCCUUUGUCUCAUUUUCAUCAACAAAUAACCGUAAACAACUUGUAAUUGAGAGGCAGUGGUGAAAGUUGAGUGUUUAAGCUCAUUAAAAAAUGGGCUUUCAGACACAUACCUCUCUCCAUUCAUGCCUGUGAGGUCACUGUAAGCCAACUGUAUCUCAAUUUAAAGAAAGCAUUUGUCCUUGAGCUUUUUAAAGAAUAUUUAUUUGACUUUUUUGCCUUUUAGAGGAAAGCUGUACACUAAACUGUCUUAGUUAUGUUUUUACAAGAAAAUGGUAUAUUAGGCCUGUCUGUUUGUUGUCAAUGUGCUCUUGAAUGUUAUAUUAUCAUGUUGAGCUCAUUUAGCACUUGUUCACCUCUGUGAAUAUCACUCACUGCAGCACUGAGGGACUUAAAAGAAGGGUUAAUAUUUUGUUUCAAACAGCUGUUGUGGGAUGUUAAAUGAAGCUGAGCCUAAUCAAAAAGGUUUUGCCUUUUUUAGCCUUUAAUUUAAAAGCUGAAGAUGCAUGCUCACUUCAUUCUGUGGAGCUGCAAGCAACUUCAUAAACACAAAGAAAUAAUAUGAUUUUUGAUGAAACAAGUGUUGGAGUUUGGGGUUACUUGUUUGUUUUUGUUUGUUUUUCUGAGAGCAGUGAACAUUUAUGCUGUCAAACCAAACAAAAACAUCCCUGUGUAACCUGCCUUGUCAUUAGGUGUAUCCAUUGAAAAUACUCUGUAUUUCUGUGCAAUAGCAAAGACUUCUGUUGACCUGUAAAGAAAUAUAUUUGAUUGGAGUGUUACCGAUGUGUGAGCUGCGAUAGGUAGUGUGUUCUACAAUAAUAGCCUUUGCGUUGAGUACUUAAAAUCUCCAGCUGCAAGAAGGUCAGCUUUGCCGCACCUUCUUGUACUGAGAGUUAAAAACAAUAUGGAGGGUGGUGUGUUUUGCCAAGCUUUUGAGUGUUUUUAUUCAAUAUUUAAAAUGUGGUAUAGAUGUGACUUUCUGCUCAGGGAGGCUGAGAUUGUUUUUGUAAACCCGCCGUUAUAGCAAACCUCUGCUCACUCCCCUUUGACUUCGGCAUUUGAAAAUGGCUUUAAUUAAUCUGUCUAGAACUUUGCUUAUGAGUGCAAACACCAGAACUCAUGGCUUUGUAUGCAAUAUUUUAAAAUAUUUAAAUGUUUUGAGAGAGACGUUGAAUGAUGUACUAUUAGUUUAUUUAUAUCAAAGCCAAACUGGUUAAACUAUUAUAACAUUUUUAGCAAACUUCAAAGCUAAUCUACAAGUGUGAAAAAAAAAGUUUGUUUUUACAAACCAUUAUAAAAAUUGAGAUUUAAAGUAGUAGAACAUGUUUGGGUGGAGGAGGAUUUCUAGAUGUGUCUGGGAAGCCUCUCUACACACUGCAUGGCAGUGUACCUUUAUCAUG